AUCAUUAUCAUCAGUAUUCAUUAUCUCACGUUUAUCACGCUCAGGAGUGUCUACAGCGUAUGCAAUUCCUAAGUUGGGGGUGUCCCCCUCCAAAGCUUGAUGAAAAUAUUUGAGCUAUGAUUCUGAAAGAAAGCCUGGAAGUUUUUGAACAGCAGUUUUGUAAAAUACGUAAAAAUACGGAAUGGAUGAUCACAUUUUAGCUAAAAAUAGACAUGUUAGUAAAAUAUGUACCUAAUAGAAAUAGUAAAUACUAAAUGUAAGCUAAAAUUAAAAUAUAUCAUUAUCAUCAUUAUUUAUCAUUGUUCAUCACCAUUCCUGAAAUACGAAACGUUCUUAUUAUCACCUAAAAGCUGAAACAAACUAAGAAAAACACUUGCGCUACGAUUUUAAAAGUUAAAUGAUCAUAGACAACAGACCUUUGAAAUACGUAAAAAUAAGAAUUAUGGUAACCCAUUUUGCUUGUAAAUAUAUUUUCUCAAUAAAGGUGUUUUAUCCAGAUGUCGAUAGUAAAAUAAAAAUAGUGAAUACCAAAUUUAACUAAAAAAACGUAUAAUAAUAAAUAUAGGUUUGGAGACCAUUGUGGGGCCACAGCCUGCCUCAUACCUGUAAUGAUCUAUUACUAGCCUCUCUAUCACUAAGUAUUACCAGAAAUACUACUAUUACUACUACUACUACUACUACUACUACUACUACUACUACUACUACUACCACUACUACUACUACCUUCUUAUCUGGUUACUUAGCAUCUACGGACACACUUAUGAAACCUGAACUUUUCACAUAUCUCAUCUCUGAAAAACACUGGACGAUUUUACGUCAGCCACGUGUUUUGCAAGUCAUCUCUUGGGA